UAAAGUGCGCGUGUGCAGAAACUCAAUUCGACCUUGCACUCCUUCCAAACAACGCAAUUUAACACGUUGGAAAAGCGUCAAGUCUAUAAAACUUAGUACACUGUGUUCGUAACAGAUUAUAGUUUUGGAAACAGAAAAAUACAUUGAGAUCAGACAUUUAAUCGAUAAGAAAAUUAGAAGAACGUCAGACCAAUUUCACCGAGUUCCAUCCUCUCCUACUGCCACUGGACUUCCUCUCACUACCAUAUUGGGGGUGGAAAGAAAACGUUCUAAACGGAUGCUUCAGCUUUAUAGCCCCUGUGACGUGUCUGGGUUACCCCUUCUGUCUGUGACAGAACUGCAAAAGAGCUUGUUGCUUGUGCAACACGAUAGCCUUACUGUAAAGUAGUUAGUGGUGAGAAAAAGUAAUUUCUGCCUUUACCGAGUUUCUGCUUUUAUUUUCCGACUAGAAUGUUUGCAACUUGAUAUUCAAUAUUAUUUUACCUUUCCUGGGAGUAGUUCCGCGUGGUCCGAUGAACGUCUCUUGACUGCGCGCCGUGGCCAGUACAGCUGGAUGCGACAGAUCGUCGACAGAAAGUGCCUUCGACAUUCUUACUUGAGCUGCCUGCCUGCGCGUCUCCUCCACCGAGCUGGCAACAUUCCCUCCCUCGCUGUGACAGAAGAUAGCUCAACCUCAGCCCCUGCCCUACCAACUCAUCUUUUUCAGGCUCCGUCGCUGCACUAGAGAAACCCAAGCAGAAAGAUUUAACUGCAGAGGUUGGGGGAACUGUCUGGCCACUCUGCCAAAACACAGAGUGCUGACUGACUCAUUCGGGCAAGUUUAGUCAAUACCCAGCCCAACAUCUACACCCACUUAAUAUUCUCGCCCAAGCAGUGCCAUCGCCCUCGAAAUAGCAUCAGUUUCAAUUCUCUUCCCCCGCCACCCCUUCCUUCCCACUACCACCACGUUCAGACGGUCCGUCAGUCCAGCCUGCCUCUGAGCAUGCCCCCAUUGCCCUGUCAGUGGCCUGCACCUGGGACUAACUGAUUGACGAGCAACGUCUUUUGAUUGACAGCUUCUCUGAUAGCCGCCAUCUCCCAAGCAGCGACCACAUCCGGGUUGCAAAUCCACCAACUCUGCUGCUCUGAAGUCCGCAAGGGCAAACGACUUUCACUGAUCCCCACACUUUUUUUUGCUACACUUUUAGUUGUUUUUCUAGCACACUGAAGAGCCAUUAGAGGAUAGCCUCUCCUUAAACAAGUGGCUAGCUUUACCCCACCCCGGCAUUGCUAUGGCUUUAAAUAUUGCUUCGAUGCGAGACACAAAAUGGCUGACGCUGGAGGUGUGCCGGCAGUUCCAGAGGGGGACAUGUUCGCGGAGUGAUGAGGAAUGCAAAUUUGCGCACCCACCCAAAAGCUGCCAGGUGGAGAACGGAAGGGUGAUUGCCUGCUUUGACUCACUAAAGGGCCGAUGCACGCGAGAGAACUGCAAAUACCUCCACCCCCCGGCCCACCUCAAGACUCAGCUGGAGAUCAACGGCCGCAACAACCUCAUACAACAGAAGACGGCAGCAGCCAUGUUGGCUCAACAGAUGCCUUUCAUGUUCCCUGGCACGACCAUGCAGCCUACCAUGCAGUCGUUUCCUAUUAGCCAGGGCCUGGGCUCCAGCCCGGGUCUGAGCUAUGCACCCUACCUGACCCACAUGACCCACAGCAUGGGCAUGAUGCCCACCGAGAUGCUCCAGCCCAGCACCCAGAGUAUCAUCGUUCCCGGCAGCCCUCCCUGCUCCAUGCAGAGCUCCUCCUCCAACCAGAAGCUGCUACGCACGGACAAGCUGGAGGUGUGCCGGGAGUUCCAGCGGGGCAACUGCGCGCGUGGCGAGACGGACUGCCGCUUCGCUCACCCCAGCGACAGCCCUAUGAUUGACACCAGCGACAACACGGUGACCGUGUGCAUGGACUACAUCAAGUCCCGCUGCUCCCGGGAGAAGUGCAAGUACUUCCACCCGCCGGCCCACCUGCAGGCCAAGAUCAAGGCUGCGCAGCACCAGGCCAACCAGACAGCCGUGGCCGCACAAGCCGCCGCCAUGACUCAGUCGACUGCCAAAGCAAUGAAGCGACCCCUCGAGGCAACUGUAGAACUGGCUUUCCCCCACGGCUGCCUGCAGCCCCUACCAAAGAGACCAGCACUUGAGAAGAGCAACGGGGCCAGCUCACUCUUUCACCCCAGUAUGUUGCACUACCAGCAGGCCUUGGCCAACGCACAGCUGCAGCAGCAGACGGCUUUCUGUGGCUUUCCCACAGAUUAUCCUGAAGUAACUGUCAGGAUGGAAAUGGAGUGUCAAGAAGCUGCCCUACAAAGCCCAAAACAGCCCUUCUUCUGUACAUACUACCUUCCCCUUCCACUACAGCAACCUGCAUGCUAAGAGUGUAAUACUACCAAUUAACCAUAAGACUUGAGUGCUGGUGUAAGAAAAUACACACAACAAAAAUAUGUAUAUGUAUUGCUAGGAAACUAUUGCCAUGAAAAUUAUGACAAAAAAAUUAUGUGUACUGAACUACAUACACUUAGUGGAGAGAUGGUGAUGAGUUCAUUUUAACUAUUGUUUUCUCUGUUAAAGUAAUAUGGGUCUUUUAUAUUUUGUUUUCAAAACGGAACCUCGAUCUGCACAAAUGUUCACCCUUUGAAAACACCUUAUUUGCACUAUAAGAGAACUAGUGCUUAUUGUUAAAAGUGCUUAAUUGUUUUAAACAGGAGAGUCACAGAGAAGCCCCUGGUUGCAACUGGCGCUCCAGACCAAGCUAGAAGGGAUUGUUUUACUUUUUGUUUGUUUUAAUUAUUUUUAAAAAGACAAAUGUUAGGGCAGACUAUAUGCUUAUGUUUACUCAAUGACUGUCCUCUUAAUGAUGAUUUGAACGUGCUCCGCCGCCCCCCAUCACCCCUUUAAAACGGUGUGGUAUGCGCUCCAUAUGAAGCACUUGCCAACAUUUAAUCUCUGGAAAACCAACGGCUUGCCAAACGAAAGUCAGCGCGACUGACAGAAGCGAUCUGCAAGGAAACAGACGUGGAACAGCUUCGUGGCCAAAACGUGCAGUCGGGCCUCGUUUUUGUGCACGUCUGGGGGAUAAAAUAACCUAGAAUUUCAAUUUCUUCUCCUUUGUUAAAUUUUCAGUUUUACUUUUGGAUGGGUGCUGACAUUGGCUUGUGGGUGUAUUUGUGUAUGUGGUUGGUUGGGUGGGAGCCUCAGAUGGGUCGGUGUUGGGGAGAGUUAUACUGGCAUCAGGGCGUGCUACUAGCCUAUAUGGCUCCGGUUUGUGUGCCGAGGGCUUAACGAAAGCUUGCGUGUGGCUGAAAGCAUGUGGCGGGAGGGAGCCUCAGCCUGAUGGGCCAAGCCAUGGACAUCUGCCAGCAGACUGGAACAGACAGACUGGAAGUCCACCAACGGCCCCAAAGUCAAGACUACAGGGACAAGGCCUUUGGGGGAGUUAGGGGUGGAGCUGGAAGGAGGGAUAAGGGUGAGAUCAGCUAGGGGUGAAACAAGUGCUACGACUCAACAAAAAAAAGGUGCAUUCGAAGAUGCUAGUCAUUGUCGUGAGAUGACUUGAAGUUUUUGACUGGAGGGCUAUCUGUGACUGUCAGUCGUCACCCUGCUAUCACCGAGAAUCCUGUUUCUAUUUGAGAAAAACUGUAGAAGUGCCUAAAAAUCCUUUAACUUUAAAACAACAAGCAUCUGGAGAAACAUACUUUGUCAAAGAAAAAACAAGAAUAUACAAAAGGAUGGUUCAAGCAAAGUUCCCAAAAGUAUGUUGACCUAUUUAGAGAAAAGACUAUUCACUUUUCAUGCAGAUGCCAUGGUUAAAGCAGUACCCUAGUGUUAUUGUAAACAAAUAUUUAACACGACAAAAAGUAACUUUCUGAAAAGAAAAUAUAUAAACUAACCAAGAUAGCUUGGUAGAAUGUUUGAUAAAUAUUUCAUGAUGUAAUAUUUUGUUCUUACCAUAGGUUUUUAGUAGUUUACAUUGGAAAAAGUGAUUGAGAAUACAGGAAAUUGUGACGUGUGUGUGAUGUAUGUAACGUGUCUCAUACUUUGAGAGUUUAUAUUCAUGGUUGUAGCAGCAAUGUAUUCAUGUUUAUUUCAAUUUGUUUUAUGAUGUUAAGCAUCAUGGUAUGUGUGUCACCAGAACAAUCUGUUAUUGUAUGCCAUGAUAUAGUUAAUAGUGUACUAGCAUUGUUUAAACCAACCUCCACGUUAUUACCUAAUAUGUUUUAUGAGACGUAUGUAUUUUGACUCAAUCACAUUUCUUGAUACUACACAACCAAUUAUUUACCUUGUGUAUGUGUGUUCAACAAAAAGGAUCAGAAUCAUGACAUUUUCAUGGCGCUUGAUCGACACAGACAAUCCACAACGAGACACCUUUGGUUCAAAAAUAAUAUGGCACUGGUCUUAGAAUUAUUCUUUCUUUCUUUUUGUUCACUUUCACUGAGAUUUUCUUCUAAAAAGUUACAGUUUUAAUGUAAUUUUUGGUGUGGAAGGUGAUCGAAGAUAUUUUUUGGGUAAUUUAUCGUAUUUUAUUGUUUUGUCAAAAGAGUCAGAAUGAUGUAACCUAUUCUAUUUUGAAAUGAAUGUAAUUUAUUGAGCUGUGCGUCCCUACAAGAUCUGGUCUCUAGUCAGCCAAUGAGAUGCAGAUCAGGAGCAAGGGGGUGGAGUCUUAAAAAGCCACCAAUAGAAUGCUACUGGAUCUCCCUUGCCUUGUCAUCAACACAGUUCAUCACAUUACAGUAAUGAGCAAGGCUUUAGAAUUGCUUAUAUUGUUCAACAAAAAAAGAGAAAAGAAAAUAAGAAUGUUAAUUGUAUAGGUGACAUUUUACCCAAAAAAUAAUUUUAAAAAUAUGUACUUUUCACUCUAGUAUUUCAUAACAAUAUUAAGUUGUUGCUGUGGCAACAUAAAGUUGCAAUUACUAAAGUUCUGUAUUUUUGUAAAUUAUCUAAUCGUUAAGUUUACUUUUUUUUCUAGAACACUGCACACAUCACUAGAUUGUAAAGCAGAUUUCAACAUUUCUUAUUUGUCGUGAUUAUGACAAUUUUCCUUAGCAGCCUCUGUAAAGGUGUAACUUUAACACUUAACAUGUAAUAGACAAAGUUACCAAUGAUAUUUAGGAUGAAAUUAUAAAAUGAUCUAUUAAUUGAAUAGUUUUGAUGUACAACUUUUCCCCUGAGAAAGGACCACUGGUUUCAUGCACACCAAUGGAAAAAUAUUUAUGAAUGUAGUUUGUUAAAUUGUUUAUCAUCAGUUAAGGAUUGCACUUCUUCCGGUAAAAUAAAACAUUUCAUUAUUACCGAUGAAAAUGUCAUUAGGUAUGGCAAAGUUACUAUACACCAGUAAUACAGUAAUUCUGUAAACGAGUCACUACCAGUUCGUAUCACAGAAAUAACCUUUGAACAUCUUGCAUGAAAAAAAUAAGUUUUUAUUAUUAAACGAUAACCUACUGAAUGUUUCUAGUUAUACCGAAAAACACAAAAAAUAGUCUGCACAUGAGACACAAUUCCAAGUUGUCCUCAAAUGGGGUCAUGGUUGUGCCCAAGAGAAUGGAAUUGUGCUGAGAAAUGUAAUUUAUUUAAAUUAAAUGUGUUGACAUUGACUGACUGAUGAUAAGAGAAAAAGAUAUAAGCACUUGGGUCAGCUGAGCAGACACAGCUUAUCCAAACACUUUGCCUUGUCGUUAGUCCAUCGUGCUUAAGGUUUUAUGUUCCAGAGCUGUUAAAAAUAAACUUUUAAAGGCUGUAAACUGGUCUCUGCUGAACAGACUUUUUUGUUUAUAUAUAUAUAUAUAUAUAUAUAUAUAUAUAAAAUGCUAAAAUGUAAACUUAAAACUAUUUUUAUUUAUAUACAUAAAUUAAAUUGUUUGAAGUUUUAACUUUUUUGCAUUUUUUAAAGAUGAGGCCAAAAGGAUUGACUGCUGUACAGAAAGCAGUCUUGUGUUCUAAGCCCCGUUCGAAUACUUUAAUAACAAACCCUUCCUUACUUUCUGAUCUAACACUAUUUGGUAGGUGUAAGCAACAGUUCUAUCACAUAGCUUUCCCCAAUCCAGCCAUGUCAGAUUAGGUAUUUCUUCAAGGAAGUGGGAAGGAACGAUGCAUUUGUUAAAGUAUUGGAACAGGGCCAUAUUAUGUCCUUGUAGAGAGCUUGACGAUGAGGGCUGUGGCCAACAUGCGAUGCUGAAUGGUCCCUAAAAGGACUGCCGCCAGGGUCGUAUUCACUAGGAAGCAAACGUGCCGAAACGGAAGGGACUAACUGAACUUGUCCAAUAAGAAACGCUUGUUUUCGUUUAACAUUGCAAAACGUUUCGCUACAGUGUGCACUAUUGAAUAUUACCCAGGUAAUGAAUUGAGACUGCUUUGCCAUCAGAAAUGCAGUAUCCCAUCUACUUUGCAAAAAAAAUAUAUAUAAAGAGUAAAAGACAAGACCCUCAUUGGAUUUUUAGUUUUGAUGUAACCAUUUUUCUGUUUUCUUUGUGCGUAUAGUUUGUGCUAUUUUAUGUUACUAUAGUCAAAUGUUUUGGUUCCAGCAAGAUAGUGUAAAAUCUAUUGAAAUAAAGAAAAAAUUGAAAGGA